AUGAUCAACAAAAAAGUUCCUGAAAAGCAAAGACAUCUAGGCAGAUUUAUUGUCCCAUGUUCGAUCGGAGGAGUAGAUGUGGGCUAUGUGUUAUAUGAUUUGAGAGCUAGUAUCAACAUGAUGCCCAUCUCAAAUUUAAUGAAGCUUGGGAUUAGUGAAGCCAUGCCUACCCAAGUACCACUACAACUUGCUGACAGAUCCAUCACAUACCCUAAAGAAAAGAUUGAAAAUGUACUAGUAAAAGUUAACAAGUUUAUCUUUUCAGUAGACGUUAUUGUUCUAGACUAUGAAGCUGACAGAGUUGUUCCAAUCAUUCCUCGAUGCCCAUUUUUAGCUAUUGAAAAAGUCUUGAUUGAUGUAAAUAAAGGGGAACUAACUAUGCAUGUAGAUAGUCAAGAAGUAAAAUUCAAUGUGCAAAAUUUAUUAAAGUUCCCAGAUGAAGGAGAAUCUUGUCAAUUCAUUGAAUCAACUCAACUACUUGAGGAAGAGAACAAAGAAGUGGAUCGAGGCUAUAAGGUCCAUGCGUUAAAUGAGAAAGCACAAGGAAAUUUGAGCUGCUAUGACUAG